AUGUUAGCUAACGUUAAGUAUCGUUACACUGCUGUGAAACAAGUACAAGUAACGACCGUGAGACUACUUUCUUCUUUGAGUACGUGUGACAUGCGCACAUACAACCAGCAGCAGCAGCAGCAGCAGCGACCCGCUGCCCGACACCGACACAUCGUGAGGACAGAGACCGACAGACAUAUCAACAGCCGCGGGGAUGUAAAUGAGACAGACUCGGUCUCAGCGGGGACGGAGGAGGAAGGGCUGUUGCCAGAUAAUGCCACAGCAAGCGAACACAACCGUCUGCGCUAGCUCACGACUGUACACCAUUAGGGCUCAAAUAUAUAACACUGAGUCGUGAUUGUUGUUCUCUUUAAUUUGCAAGAGGACCACCGGGCGGACUGCGUUUAAACAUCCUCCAGCCAGCAUGCCUCCCUCUCAGAGCCUCCAAUCCAGCGGGCUGACUCUCUCUGAGACAAGCAUUGGUAGGUUCUUUUAAGAGGAGGAAGAGGAAAUCCAUAAUAGUGACAGUGAUGCUGCUCAUUGUAUCUGUGCUCAUCCUCAUCUUCGGCCUGGCAGCGACGACCAGGACGCAGAACAUCACGGUGGGCGGCUACUACCCAGGAGUCAUUCUGGGCUUUGGCUCUUUUCUGGGAAUUAUCGGCGCUCAUUUGAUAGAGAACAAGAGGCAGAUGUUAGUCGCAUCUAUCGUGUUCAUCAGUUUUGGAGUGGUGGCUGCCUUCUGCUGUGCUAUUGUCGAUGGAGUUUUUGCCGCGAGGCACAUUGACCUCAAGCCUCUGUAUGCUGGUCGGUGUGAGUAUCACUCCAGUGAGACUGCAUCUGAGCGUGACGUACCCUGUCAGACGCAGCGCUCAUCCUGUAACCUGCGUGUGAAGAGCAACACCUGUUACUGCUGCGACCUCUACAACUGCGGGAAAGAACAUCCUCUUAUGGGACUUCAGAAUAAAGAUGUUUUGAAAAAGUUUAGGAAAUCAUCCAUGAUUUGGAAGGCUAGCCGUGUAGAGGUGAUUGGAGGCUACCAUGAAUUUACCGACGUGAAGAGUUGCGAGGAUGUGGUGCACCUCUAUCACCUGUUAUGGUCCGCUACCAUCCUCAACAUCGUGGCCCUCUUCCUGGGCAUCAUUACUGCUGCAGUGCUGGGAGGCUUCAAAGACAUGACUCCCUCUGCUGCCUCAGAGAGUACAUCUGAGCCAGAGGCCAUCACAGCUCCAGUCCUCUCAGAGCCACCUCCACCCACAACCUCCCUCAACUCGUAUUACAACACUGCCCCCUGCCUGCCGCCUUACACUGCCUACGACCUGCAGGGCACCUACGUGUUCCCCGACUCCUCAGGCCUGUCAGAUGACUCCCAGUCUGGAGCCAGCCACCUGUGGCCCACAAUGAUCCCCCCACGCUACUCUCCCCCUCACAAUCACCCUGACGAGAAGCCCCCACCGUACAGCCCGUAAGACGUCCUCGAGCACAGGAGGCACCUGAAACGUUAGCGGGUGUUGUGAGAUGCUGAUUGAGUGGUUUGAAUGCACUCUGGGCUCUUCCUCGCAGUUGUUGGGAACUGUGUUGUAGCAAAGGUAGUGAGGAGGAGGAGGAGGAGGAGGAUGGCCACAGAGCACACUAACUUUGAGUUAAGCCGAAAAACAAGGGAGUGAGUUUGUCUCCCUGGGCACCGCUCACACUCAUACCUGCACUGUGUGUGUGUGUGUGUGUGUGCGUGCAUAUACACAUCAAGAGAGACAACCGGUUCAAAGCCAGGAUUGUUUACACAUCUAUCUGCCUUAAUGCAAACGGACUUCCAGUGCUGCAGCACUCUGUCACUUGGAUUUAUUCUGUACAAGGGCAAAAAGCUCUCCUCCAGCUCAUGCUUCAUGUUCACCUCUCUUUAGUACAUAUUGUAAAUGCUUCCUGCCUCAAGUGGUACAGGUGAUAACGCCCUCACUGUUUGCACUGUGAGGAUCACCGCACAGCUAUGAGCCUUGUGUGAGAUUAAUGCAGAGUAGGAUAAAAGCUUUGGUGUCAGUCCCAAAUCUGAAUCAGCUAGAAAAUUAAAAAACAGUAGAGUUGUAAGCCCAAGCAGUUGUUUCUUUAGCGGACAGUAGUGUCCUUGUACAUUAUUAAAGGCAAAGUUAGCAGUAAUGGAGGUUACAUGCUCAGCAGUAUGAUAUACAGAUGCUCCUUUAGCAGUUAAGCCUAAGGUAUACAAACAGAUCAUGGAAUCUAUUUAACUCUUCUGUUCAUGUUCAAAAAUAUCUUGAUCAGUGUGUGGUGAACUUUGCAGAGCAGUGCUAAUGAAGAAAUAAGCUAUUCUGCAGUAGUUGUUAAGUCAGGACAGUUAACAUUUACACUCCAAACCCUAUUUAUUGCAUUUUCACUAAAAGCUGCAAAGCAGGUAAGCACAUCUCGUCUCUCUCUUUGUAAGUAGUAUUAAUAUCACAUCUAAGAGUUGAAAUGUGUAAACGUGUGUAAGGCUGAGGGUGAACAGUCGGUGCUGGAUUCACUGACAUGAGAUGGGAGAUCAUUCAAAGUCAAAGAAUAAGACCUGUUGUUCACUGAGGAAGAGAGUGUAAACUGAAACCAGUCUGUCAGCUUUAAUCACUGCUUUUUAUAAUUUAAACAACACAUUCUCAGGGGCUGAUUGUCAGUUCCUUUUUGUCUUGCCAAUAAAAAAUGUUUUGUGUAAUUCAAA